CUAUUUGAAUAGAUCUGGCAACCCUGCUCCGCCCGGGACUGUUCUCCUCGCGCUGGUUGUCACGCACAGCGGUUUGUGCGUGAGAGCAUCCGCACUGAGUUAUACUGCACACAAGCUGAGUGCAGCCAUGUGGAUUUUACACUGUGCCAUGAUUCUGGCAUUUGGUUCGGCUGUCCAGGCACAGCUUCUUCCUGAGGCCAACAAUAUGUGUUCAGAGGGAAGCUGUUACCCUGCCACAGGCGAUCUGCUGAUCGGCAGAGCUCAUCGCCUUACAGCCUCAUCCACCUGCGGACUCCACUCUCCCGAACCCUUCUGCAUCGUCAGCAACCUAGAGGCUGAGAAGUGUUUUGAGUGUGACUCUCGGAGUCUCUACAACGAGGUCACACACCCCAACAGCCACACCAUCGACAACGUGGUCACAACCUUUACUCCCAACCGUCUCGUAACAUGGUGGCAGUCUGAGAAUGGAGUGGAGAAUGUGACCAUUCAACUGGACUUAGAAGCUGAAUUCCACUUCACACAUAUCAUCAUGACCUUUAAGACGUUUCGUCCUGCAGCAAUGGUGAUUGAGCGUUCAUCAGAUUAUGGGCAGAGCUGGCAGGUGUACCGUUACUUUGCAUUCAACUGCUCAGCUUCUUUUCCACACAUCUCCCAGGGACCAGUCAAGAGUGUCGAUGAUGUCAUCUGUGAUUCCCGGUACUCUAACAUUGAGCCUUCAGCAGAGGGAGAGGUGAUUUUCCGAGCACUUGAUCCUGUAUUUAAGAUUCCUGACCCCUACAGCCAACGAAUCCAGAACCUCUUGAGAAUAACUAACCUGCGAGUGCGGAUGGUGAAGUUACACACUCUCGGUGAUGACCUUCUGGAUGGCCGAAAUGAGGUGAAGCAGAAGUAUUACUAUGCUCUCUACGACAUGGUUGUCCGUGGCAACUGUUUCUGUUAUGGCCACGCCUCCGAGUGUGCACCAGUGGAUGAGAGUGAGGCAGGGCCUGAAGGCAUGGUUCAUGGCCAUUGCAUGUGUAAUCAUCGCACAGCUGGAUUGAACUGUGAGAAGUGUCAAGACUUAUAUCAAGAUGCACCAUGGAGACCUGCAGAAGGUCGAAAUGCCAAUGAGUGCAAGCGCUGUGAGUGUAACCAGCACUCGUAUGUGUGUCACUUCGACAUGGCGAUGUAUGUGUCAUCGGGGAACGUGAGUGGAGGAGUGUGUGAUGAUUGUCAACACCACACACAGGGGCAGCACUGUGAGGGUUGCAAGCCUUUCUACUACCAGCAUCCUAACAGGGACAUAAGAGACCCUCGCAUCUGUGAACCAUGUGACUGUGACUUACGGGGCUCACUGAAUGGUGGUGUGUGUGACAGCGUGACAGACGUGAUGAGGGGACUUGUCGCUGGUCAGUGUCGCUGUAAGCAGAAUGUGGAGGGAGAGCGCUGUGAUCACUGCAAACAAGGAUACUACGGACUUGGCCAAGACCUGCUAGGCUGCCUCCCAUGCAGCUGUAAUCCUCUGGGCACUCUUCCUGGAGGAAGGCCCUGUGACACAGAUACAGGAAUGUGUUAUUGCAAACGCCUCGUCACCGGACGAAACUGUGACCAGUGUCAGCCUCAGCACUGGGGCCUCAGCACAGAUAAGGAUGGCUGUCGGCCAUGUGACUGCGAUCUUGGAGGAGCCCUGAACAAUGAUUGUUCUCCACAGACAGGGCAGUGUGUGUGUAGAGAGCACAUGUCUGGCAGGCGCUGUGACAACAUGAAGCCUGGUUAUUAUUUUGCUGCCCUUGACCACUACACUUAUGAGGCAGAGGAAGCAGCAUUCGAACCGGCAGUGACUGUGGUGGCGAGGCCUCUGCCUGCAGAUCGGCCCCCGACCUGGACUGGAAUUGGAUUCGCCAGUGUACCUGAAAGAGAAACACUGCAGUUCACCAUUGACAACAUCCCACAGUCUAUGGAAUAUGAAUUAUUGAUCCGCUAUGAACCUCAGUUGCCAGAUGUGUGGGAGCAGGUGAAGAUAGAUGUGAUACGUACUGGUCGUCCUUCCCCAUCUGCACACUGUUCAGCUCCUUACGCUGACCAACAGACCAUCUCACUUCCUCCAGGCUCCAGGUAUGUGGUACUGCCCAGGCCACUGUGUUUGGAAAAGGGCCAGAAAUACACAGUGAAAAUGAUUCUAGCACUUUUUUCAUCAAAUGAUCUUCAUCACCAGCCGCAUAUGCUGAUUGACUCUAUUGUGCUGUUGCCUGUGGUGCGAGAUCUGGAGCUGUUCUCAGGGGCAGCUGACAGAGAGGCAGCGUGGGAAAUGUUUCAGAAAUACCGCUGUCUCGAGAACAGUAAGAGUGUCCAGAAAACACCCAUGACCACCAUCUGCAGAGAAUACAUCUUCAGCGCAUCGGCCCUGCUGCACCAGGGAGCUAUGGAAUGUGAGUGUGACCCACUAGGCUCUCUCAGUACGGUGUGUGAAUCUAAUGGUGGCCAGUGCCCGUGCAGGCCAAAUGUGGUGGGCAGGAAGUGUGACAGCUGUGCCCCGGGUACCCUCCAGCUUGGACCCUCCGGCUGCAGGCCAUGUGAGUGUGACCCGUUGGGCUCAAAGAACACUUUCUGCAAUUCGACCACAGGCCAGUGCUUGUGUUUACCUGGUGUUUACGGACGUCAGUGUGCCCACUGUCUGCCCGGACACUGGGGCUUCCCACAGUGCCAACCCUGCUUCUGUAAUGGGCACGGAGAACACUGUCACCUUCACACAGGCCAGUGCUUGGAGUGCAGAGACCACACCACAGGAGAUCAGUGUGAGAGGUGCGAGAAAGGUUACCAUGGCAAUGCGUUACUAGGCAGCAGCGACCGCUGUCGACCCUGUAUGUGUCCCGAUGGUCCUGGCAGUGGAAGACAGUUUGCAGACACCUGCUACCAAAACCCCAACUCACUCCAGCUCUUCUGUGUGUGCAGCCAAGGAUACAAAGGACCAAGGUGUGAGGAAUGCGCACCUGGUUACUAUGGCAACCCGAAGGUGUCAGGUGGACGGUGCUACCCAUGCCAGUGUAACGGCAACAUUGACAUGCAUGACCCGAUGUCCUGUGAUGCCCGCACGGGCACUUGUCUCAGGUGCCUGCACAACACUGAGGGCCAGGCGUGUCAGCACUGUCGCCGUGGCUACUAUGGAGAUGCUAGCACCCAAAACUGCCAGAAGUGUAUGUGCCAGCUUUUGGGUACUGACAACCACAAGUGUGUAGAUGGUGAGUGUGAGUGUGACCAGGUGAGUGGGCAGUGCCCGUGUCUACCCAGUGUAGAGGGUCUGCACUGUGACCGCUGUGCCCCAAACACCUGGAACUUCCACGGUGGCAAAGGCUGCCAGCCAUGUCAAUGUCAUCCCACACACUCUUACAGCCUGUCCUGCAACGGGAUGUCUGGUCAGUGCUCCUGUAUGCCAGGUUUUGGUGGCAGGACCUGUGAGGAGUGUAGAGAGCUGUUCUGGGGUGAUCCAGAAGUCAAGUGUUAUGCAUGCGACUGUGACCCCCGGGGCACCUCUACACCACAGUGUAACAAGUUGACGGGAGCAUGUGUGUGUGUGGAGGGCGUCGCCGGUCAGCGGUGUGAUUCCUGUGGGCGGGGCUAUGUGGGAACUUUCCCAGACUGCCAGCCAUGUCAUCAGUGCUUCCGUGAAUGGGAUGUCACUGUGGGCGAGCUGACCAAUCAGACGCAGCAGUUGGUGGACACUGUGGAAAACCUGAAAGUUACAGGCGUGACAGCAGCCUAUCAGGACACGAUAGACAGUCUGGAAGGCGGAACCAAGCAGCUCACUCAAAUACUAGAGGAUGACAAGGCUCAGCAAACUCUUAGAUACUCUCAAGAGCUUCUGCAGCAGGCCAAGAGGAUCAAGUCUGAUCUGGACCGAUCUCUGAACCGCUCGGAGGUGGAUGUACAGCAGGUCUCUGAGGAACACGGCAGGGUUGCUGAGGAGAUCAGAUCACUCAGUCUGGAGACUCAGAAGCAGCAAGAAAGCAUUACUAACACACAGCAACAGGUGCUGCGCAUCAAACACUCCGACCCAGCGGGUGCAGUAGACAGCAUUAAGGAAUAUUACCAGCAGUCAGUGGAGGCGGAGAGCCGAGUCAAUCAGGCCACCACAGAGCCGCACAGCCCAGUGGAGCAGUCAGCUGGUCUACGGCAAGCCACAGAGGCCAAACUGGAUGCUGUGAAGGGAGAGUUUGAGCUCAAACAAUCGCUGGACUCUAAAUUACUGAGCACACUGAACCAGGAGCUGGAGCAAGAUGACUUUUCACAACUCAGCCAGCAGGUGUGUGGUGGAGAGUGGAGCCGAGAUGGCUGUGGAGCAUGUGGAGGUUUGGGGUGUGUGGGUGAGGACGAAGAGCCUCAGUGUGGAGGACAGGACUGUAAAGGUGUGAUUACUGAAACCAACAAUGCAUGGAAAAAAGCUAAAGACCUGGACAAGGACAUCAUGGACUCGCUAAAAGAAGUGGAAAAGCUUCAAAGGAUGGUUUCUGCUGCUCAAGGACGUGCAGAUGAGAGUAAAGUCAGAGCACAGGAUAUCCUGUUGAAGGCCAAUCAGAGCAAAGCAAGAGUUGAGCAGACCAACCAGGAGCUACGAGAGCUCAUUCAGCAAAUACGAGACUUUCUUACAAGUGGAGCAGAUCUGGAGCGUAUUGAAGCACUAUCUGAUGAAGUUUUGAAGUUGAAGAUGCCGGUGGUUGCCGGCGAGCUGAAGAAUGUGACUAGAGAGAUCCAGCAGCACGUGGCCAGUCUGACCGGUGUGGACGACGUCCUGGCUCAAACUUCUGAACAGGCACAAACAGCUGAGAGACUGCUACAACAGGCACACGUCAUCAGUGAGGAAGCUACACAAGUGGGGGAGGAAGUGGACAAGGUGAAGGUGGCACUAAAUGAAUCUGAGCACGCUCAAUCUGCAGCAGAAGACAGCUUGAAAGCAGCCAAGAGUGACCUUGACUACACACAACAACAGAUAACCACUGUGGACUCAGAGACGGUCGCAGCUGAGUUCAUGCUGAGUAACGCCACUCAGCGGUUGCUGGAUCUUGAGAGGAACGUGGGUGUGGUGCGACAAAAGACUCAGGAGAACUCUGACAGUGCAGAACUUGCUCAAAACAAGGCCGAGUACAUCUCUGAGAACACGGAGCAAACCAAACGGACACUGGAUUUAGAGGUGCAGCCUAAGUUCCAGACAGCCCAUGGCCUGAUGGAGGAGAAAGCAGCAGGUGUGUCUGAUGCACGCCAGAGAGCAGAACAACUGCAGCAGGAGGCAAAGAAUUUAGUGACUGAUGCCAACAGCAAAUUACAGAAUCUAAAAGAGCUGGAGCGGACAUUCUCAGUGAAUCAGAGAACUCUGGUAGAGAAAGCACAGGAGGUGGAGGAGCUGGAGAAACAAGCACAGGCCGUGCUACAGGAGCUCAGCCAGAGAGUCACAGUAUACAGCACCUGUCUGUGAAAACUCUCCCCAAAGUGAUUCAUUUAUAAACGCCACAUUAUAGAUACUUUCUAACACUGAAUUACUUUAACCACCCGUCCCCUAAAAAAAUCAUUGUUUUGACAGUAACAUUAAGCUAAGUUGGUAAGGACUCUGACUCUGUUGACAAGCGUUGCAGUUUUCUGCAUGAAGCGACUGAGAUCUGCUGUGGCCCAAAGACACACACACAAUAAAGCACUGUUCUCCUUCUGCUAAGCCACUAUUUCUCAAAUCCUGGUCCUGGAGUCCCACUGCACAGCACAUGAACUUAACUGAGAAGAAUAUUUUCAUAUGAGGGGGAAAUGUAACAAUUGAUAAAGAUGGAUUUGGUAAAAAUGCAGCUGUAAAGGUUGAGCUAAUCAAAAUGCAGUCAUUUGAUUUCAGUUCUAAGAUUGAAGUUCUAUAACAUAAAGCAUGAACCAUGCUUUGAUUUCUGUCCAUGUUCUGUCAUUUUUCAUUCAAUAUCCAUACCAUAAAAUAGCAAAACUAUUGUGUCCAUGUGGAAGUAACAAAUAUUAUUUCUUUUUGAAAUGAAAAAGGCAUGCAUAUUAAAAAGCAAUUUGCUCAUUAGAAAGGUGCUAAAUAUUUAAGCGUGCAUUUCUGAUACUUAUGCCUUGUGCUGAUCUCCUGGGAUUUUCACCCACAACAGUCUCUAUUGUUUACACAGAAAAACCAAAACAUUAAGUGAGCGAUAUUUCUGUGAGUGGAAAUGCCUUGUUGAUCAGAGAGGUCAGAGGAAAAUGGCCAGAUUGGUAACAAGCUUCCAGGAAGGAUAUAGAAACUCAAAUAAUCACUCUUUGCAACUGUGGUGAGCAGAAAAGCAUCUCAGCAUGCACAGAACAUCGAACCUUGAGGUGGAUGGGCUAUAACAGCAGAAGACCACGCCUGUCAGCCAAGAACAGGAAUCUGAGGCCAUCAGGGAAACAGACUCACAGAAAUUGUGCAGUUGAAGAUUAGAAAAAACAUUUACCUAGUCUUUUUUCUAGUCUUCAGCUGUCCAGUAUCACUGAGUCAUUUAUGUGAGAGUUUACAUUUAUGAAAUCAAAUAAUUUCAUAAGAAUUCACUUUGGCAUUCAUUUGCAAUACAACUAUUUUUCAUUUCAUGUGCAUUUUACCAAAUCCAAUUUCUUGUUAUUUUCAUCAUUUGGCACAUUUGGUUGCUAAGCAUUUUGUCCGUCAUCAAAUGAUUUAUUCAACAGUGUGAAUACAAAGGAAAAAAAUUCAAUACAAAGAGAAGGUCAUCAAAGCUGUAGUACAUAACCUUUGGGAAUUUCUGCCCUCUCUAUUAGAAGUAUGUUAUUACAGCAGAAAUAUGUUAUUAUAGUCUGUGCUCGGCUGAUUAGUCAAUUGUUGCAAAUAGCAAACCGAUAAACAUUUAAGAGUUCACAUAAUGCAGUGAUGGGACUUGGUGCAAGAACACUGUAAGGUGUUUUUCAAAGCACACACACAUGGAUUCUUGCCCACGGCUGAUUCAUUCAACACAUUCACAAAUUGGUGUGUUACAGCAGGAAAACACGUGCAGUGUAAACCAUUUCCAAGACCAGGAUUUCCUUUUUUCCAAAACCUAAAUGCAUUCUUACAUACAAGACACACCCAGGCUACUAACUGUUCACCAUUUAAUACAUUAACAAUAUCUAUAGUCCACUGAUAGAGUUCACUGAUAAAGACUGUUUAAAUUUAUAUGUACUAUAUCUAUGUGAUAUUUUACAAGCAUGUGAGACCAAAGUUUUUUGUAUUCAGAAAUGUCUUUUCAAGGUAAAAUAUUUAAAAAUUGCACUCAGUGGUAGACUAUAAAAAAAGGAACAAACAUUGUAGUAGGUUUAAGCUACAGUUUCCUACCUUAUAAGAAAUUGUCUUCUGCUUUAUGAAUGUGUGUGUAACUGAAAUCUUACAAAUAAAUUUGUCUAAAUUACAAAAUCUUCAGAAAAAAAAAAUUACCACUGGAACAGGUUUUAAAGAUGGACUGGUCAAUAUUUUUACUGUCCUUACUAUUAAAUUAGGACCUUGACAUUAAAA